AAGGUUUAUUAACAAGCGCUAGCUUUCGUUAUAAGAACAGAACUAAAACUAGGAGCCACCAGCAAGCUGGGGCAUAAGCUGAAUCAAAAGUAUUUAAUUUCCAAAGAAUGCAAAGCUACAAAAUAUAUGUACUUAGAGCUACAAAGCUACAGUCGGUAAGCCGACUUGGCAUAAGCGAUAAUGCUGAUCUUGCGGCAUGUGCAAGAUAUCAGAUUACCGCCGGUUGACCGUCACAUUCAGGGCGCUGAACUGAAGUUCGCUGAUUUGGCAUCUUGAGUGCAAACAACAUGGAGCAGAGCACAUUGGACAACGACAAUCCUGAUGAGUACUUUUCGGAUAUUAUUGAGAUGGACCUGGACGGAUCUUGUAGCUCCAGCACCUUGUCUGGGCGUCCGCCAAAGAAAAAGAAAAAGACCGACAUUUCGUGGCUGGCAGAGAUCGCCCAGGAGCGUCUCGAACAACAAAAGGACCACCACAGAAAGAAGGAGGAGCACGACGUUAGGCAGGAGAAGAUGGUGCAGGACUUGAUCAGCACCCAAACAAAAUUCCAGAACGACUUAUUAGACUUAUUAGAAAUGCCCAAAUGCAUUUUCCACCACUCGCCUAGCUUUGGAAAGGUUGUAGUUAAACGUGCGCUGUUCCAAAGAGGCGACUGUGGAACCGAACCGCUUCUAAAACCAUAAAAUAUGUCCUUGUAC